UCUUUGUUACGUUGUUCACUACAGGCAUUUGAAUUCACGGCCCAGAAUACGCACGCAUCACAUAGUAAUCGUAACUUAACAACAAAGUUAGUAGCAUUGCGUAACGUACGUGUUUAAAAAUUGCAUCCCUAUGCCCAGUAAAAGGAAGUAUCGCGGGUUAGUCUGAGAAGAGCCAGAGGGAAUGGAGGAGAAGGGUGUUCCGCGGCUGUAAGCGACAGUGCUACUCUCCAGCUCAUCGAGGAAAAGCUAGAAGACAAGAGGAGACAAAGCACAACCUUGCAUGUAAACACAAAGAAAUGAGAUGAACACUGGAAGAGUUGAGAACCCAGCUUUACAAUUCCUUGGUAUGGCUGGCCUACAGCUUGUACCCCCUGCAUCGUCAUCUAUGGGGCCCUUCCUUGGUCUACCAUGGCAACAAGAGGCCAUCCAUGACAACAUUUACACACCAAGGAAAUAUCAGGUUGAACUUCUUGAAGCAGCUCUUGAACACAAUACUAUAGUCUGCUUAAAUACUGGCUCAGGGAAGACCUUUAUUGCAGUACUCUUGACAAAACAGCUCUCUCAUCAAAUUCGGGGAGAUUUCAGAGGAUAUGGCAAAAGAACAGUUUUCCUGGCAAAUACAGCAUCAUCUGUGAUCCAGCAAGCAGCUGCUAUUAGAACGCAUUCAGAUCUUCAUGUUGGAGAAUACACCAGUAUUGAGAGGACUUUUCUGUGGACACAGGAGAAGUGGAACUGUGAAUUGAUUGAGAACCAGGUACUUGUUAUGACCUGCCAUGUUUUCCUAAAUAUUUUGAAGAAUGGAAUCUUACCACUGUCUAAAGUCAAUCUUCUCGUGUUUGAUGAGUGUCACCUUGCAAUUGUGGACCACCCGUACCAAGAGAUAAUGACGAUAUGUGAAGGCAAUUCAGACUGUCCCCGAAUUUUGGGUCUCACUGCUUCUAUAUUAAAUGGUAAAUGUGAUCCAUCAGAGUUGGAGGAAAAGAUUCAGAAUCUGGAGAAGAUUUUGAAAAGCAGUGCAGAAACUGCCACCGACCUUGUUGUCUUGGAUAGAUAUGCCUUACAGCCUCGUGAGGUUGUGUUGGACUGUGGACCCUACACAGACACAAGUGGACUCUGUCAGAGACUUCUGCAUGAGUUGGAUGAUGCAAUUUAUUUUCUUGAUGACUGCAGUGUACCUGCACAUCGAGAGGAUCGAGAUCCAACGUUCAUUUCAAAACAGGUACUGAGUGAUUGCAGAGGAGUGCUAAUUGUGCUUGGCCCCUGGUGUGCAGAUAAGGUGGCAGGAAUCAUGGUGAGGGAACUGCAAAAGUAUGUCAAGCAUGAGCAAGAGGAUUUGAACCGUAAAUUCCUAUUGUUCACAGACACUAUUCUGAGGAAAGUCCAUGCACUUUGUGAAGAACAUUUUUCACCUGCAUCUUUGGACCUUAAGUUUGUCACUCCAAAAGUAAUUAGACUGCUGGAGAUCCUUAAGGAGUACAAACCCUUCGAACGGCAGCAGUUUGAGAGUGUAGAGUGGUAUAACAACCGCAAUCAGGAUAACUAUGUGUCGUGGAGUGAUUCAGAGGAUGAGGAUGAGGAUGAGGAGAUUGAGGUGAAGGAGAAGUCGGAGGCCAGCUUUCCCUCUCCUUUCACUAAUAUCCUCUGUGGAAUUAUUUUUGUUGAGAGACGCUACACUGCAGUUGUCCUUAACCGGCUGAUAAAGGAAGCUGGGAAGCAGGACCCUGAGCUUGCUUACAUCAGCAGUAACUUCAUAACUGGGCACAGCAUUGGGAAGAAUCAUCCUCGUAACAAACAGAUGGAGAUUGAAUUCAGAAAACAGGAGGAGGUUCUUCGCAAGUUUCGUGCCCAUGAGACCAAUUUGCUCAUUGCAACUAAUAUUGUGGAAGAAGGAGUUGAUAUUCCGAAAUGCAACUUAGUAGUUCGUUUUGACUUGCCGACAGAGUAUCGUUCCUAUGUUCAAUCUAAAGGAAGAGCACGGGCCCCCAUUUCCAAUUACAUCAUGCUUGCAGACACAGAGAAAACAAAGGCUUUUGAGGAAGACCUAAAAACAUACAAAGCUAUUGAAAAGAUUUUGAGGAAUAAAUGCUCAAAAUCAGUGGAAUGCAGUGACUUUGAAGCGGAUCACGUAUUGGACGAUGAAAAUCUUUUACCUCCUUAUGUGCUGCGCUCAGAAGAUGGUGGUCCUCGAGUCACUAUAAACACAGCAAUUGGACAUGUUAACAGAUACUGUGCAAGAUUACCCAGUGAUCCUUUUACUCACCUGGCUCCGAAGUGCAAGACAGUGGAGCUGCCUGAUGGAACCUACAGAUCUAUACUGUAUCUCCCCAUCAAUUCUCCACUCAGAGUUCCCAUUACUGGGCCUGCAAUGAACUGUGCAAGAUUAUCUGAGAAAGCAGUUGCACUUCUUUGCUGUGAAAAACUACACAAAAUGGGUGAAUUGGAUGAUCAUUUGAUGCCUGUUGGGAAGGAGACUGUGAAGUAUGAGGAGGAACUGGAUUUGCAUGAUGAAGAGGAAACAAAUGUACCUGGAAGACCUGGUUCCACAAAACGGAGGCAGUGCUACCCAAAAGCAAUUCCCGAAUGCCUUCGAGGCAGUUAUCCUUUGCCACAGCAGCACUACUACUUGUAUGUUAUUGGGAUGGUCCUCACAACCCCUUUACCCGAUGAACUUAAUUUUCGGAGGAGGAAACUGUACCCACCAGAGGACACAACAAGAUGCUUUGGAAUAUUGACAGCAAAACCAAUACCCCGGAUUCCACACUUUCCUGUGUAUACACGAUCUGGGGAGGUCACAAUCUCUAUUGAGCUCCAGAAGUCAGGGUUCACACUGAAUGCUUCUCAGCUGGAACUGAUCACUCGCCUGCACCAGUACAUUUUUUCCCACAUCCUGCGUCUGGAAAAGCCUGCAUUAGAGUUCAAACCCAAUGAAGCCGACUGUGCUUAUUGCGUCCUACCUCUUAAUGUGGCUGAGGACAGCAAAACUUUAGACUUGGACUUUAAAUUCAUGGAAGGUAUUGAAAAAUCGGAAGCUCGGAUAGGCAUUCCUAAUACCCAGUACACAAAGCAGAACCCAUUCACAUUUAAAUUGGAGGAUUACCAGGAUGCAGUUAUCAUUCCAAGGUAUCGCAAUUUUGACCAACCCCACCGCUUCUACGUAGCAGAUGUCUACACUGAUCUCACACCGCUCAGUAAAUUCCCCUCUCCAGAAUAUGAGACAUUUGCUGAGUACUACAAAACCAAAUAUAACCUUGAUCUGUCAAACUUAAACCAGCCGCUUCUUGAUGUGGACCACACAUCGUCAAGGCUAAACCUUUUAACACCUCGGCACCUUAAUCAGAAAGGGAAAGCACUUCCUCUGAGCAGUGCAGAAAAGCGCAAGGCCAAGUGGGAGAGUCUCCAAAACAAGCAGGGAAAUGACCAAGGCACUAAACCCAAGAUAAAAACCCCCAUCAAGGGACUACCUGAUCAAUCAUCUCAUCCCUGCCUGAUUCUGGUUCCGGAGCUGUGUGCCAUCCACCCCAUUCCCGCUUCCCUGUGGAGGAAAGCGGUGUGCCUUCCCAGCAUUCUCUACCGGUUACACUGCCUCCUGACUGCUGAGGAGCUGCGAGCUCAGACAGCAAUUGAUGCUGGUGUGGGAGUGGAAAGUCUGCCGCCAAACUUCAGGUACCCAAAUUUGGAUUUUGGUUGGAAAAAAUCCAUUGACAGCAGGGUUUUUGUAUCAAGUCCCAGUGGCCGCAUGGAAGGUAGUGAUAAUAAGCACAGUACAAGCAUAGGAUGCCCAAGUUCCCUACAUGAAGGCGCCACCUCAGAGAAUAGUAUGAUGAAAUAUGUGGACUCUAACAGACUCAAUGGAAAGUCAAACAGUGGCUCGUUCCCUGUGGCUGGCUGUUUGCAUCAAGACAAAGAGCAGUUUAACUGUGUCUGUGCCAAGAACUUCAGUAAUGGCACAACAGACGGCACCUGUCACCUUGGUGGACUUGAUCAAUGCCAAUGUUCAAUGCUUCGCUCACCUGAGCGCAAAACAUAUGUACCAACCACUACCUCAUUUCCUGUGCAGCACUCUCGGAGCACUGAGGACCAGCCCAGUCCCAGUAUUGAAUGUAUGGCAGGGUGUAACUCAAAUCUCGAUGGACGUGUUAUGCUACCUACCUCAGACUCUUGCCAGGUGGGCAAGUUGACAGCCAGCUCCACAGUGUCACUUCCUUCAGUUGUUUCCAACAUCAGCAUUCUCACUAUUGGUGGUGCCACCUCAAAAACUCUGGGUCCGAACCCUGGUCUCAUUCUGCAGGCAUUGACCCUUUCCAAUGCCAGUGAUGGCUUCAACUUGGAGAGGCUAGAGAUGCUUGGUGAUUCCUUUCUAAAGCAUGCUAUCACCACCUACCUUUUUUGUACAUACCCAGAUGCCCAUGAAGGACGCCUUUCUUAUAUGAGGAGCAAGAAGGUCAGCAACUGUAAUCUGUAUCGGCUGGGGAAAAAGAAAGGCCUACCAAGUCGAAUGGUAGUUUCCAUCUUUGAUCCACCUGUGAACUGGCUGCCUCCUGGCUAUAUAGUGAACCAAGACAAAAGCAGCACCAACAAGUGGGAUUCGGAUGAGAUAAAAGAGGAUCUACUAGCCAAUGGAAAAGAAGAUUAUUAUGAUGAGUAUGAAGAGGUUGGUGAUGUUGACAAAAAUGAAGAUCUAAUAUGGAAAGAGGCGAAGGAUGAAGUUCACAUGGAAGAUGAUCUAGAGUACUAUCAGGAGCACAUCAAGUUUAUAGACAACAUGCUCAUGGGCUCUGGUGCCUUUGGCAGAAAGAUCUCACUGAGUGGCUCUCCGCCUGCUGAGCCCAGCUUUGAGUGGAAGGUCCCCAAAAAGCCUCCCUUUCCCAGCACACAUUUCUUGUCUGAUGCUGAUGAAUUUGACUACAGCUCUUGGGAUGCCAUGUGUUAUCUCGAUCCCAGCAAAGUGGGUGAGGAGGAUGACUUUGUGGUGGGAUUUUGGAAUCCUUCUGAGGAGAACUGUGGUGGAGAGACGGGCAAACAGGCAAUCUCCUACGAUCUGCACACCGAGCAGUGUAUCGCUGAUAAGAGUAUUGCUGACUGUGUGGAGGCUUUGUUGGGGUGCUACCUUACAAGCUGUGGGGAGAGGGCAGCCCAGAUGUUCCUCUGUUCCCUUGGUCUGAAGGUAUUACCAGUGGAGAGAAGUUGUUCCAAUGAGUGUGCCCUUCUGGCAGCUGGGGAAGAUGAUUACUUAAAUGACAUGCAGUACGGCUGGCUCACGAUACCACCUCGGUGUAUGUUCGACCACCCAGAUGCUGAAGACACACUGAAACACCUUAUAUCUGGAUUUGAGAAUUUCGAGAAAAAAAUCAGCUAUACCUUUCAAAAUAAAGCUUACCUUCUGCAGGCUUUUACUCAUGCCUCAUACCAUUAUAAUACCAUCACAGAUUGUUACCAGCGGUUAGAGUUUCUUGGUGAUGCGAUCUUAGACUACCUCAUUACAAAGCACCUUUACGAAGAUCCCCGGCAGCACUCCCCAGGGGUGCUGACAGACCUGCGAUCUGCGCUUGUCAACAACACUAUAUUUGCUUCUCUUGCUGUCAAGUACGACUACCACAAAUACUUCAAAGCUGUGUCACCUGAACUGUUCCAUGUUAUUGAUGAUUUUGUGCAGUUUCAGCUAGAAAAGAAUGAAAUGCAAGGAAUGGAUUCUGAGCUCCGUAGAUCGGAGGAAGAUGAGGAGAAAGAAGAAGAUAUAGAAGUACCCAAAGCAAUGGGAGAUAUUUUUGAAUCACUUGCUGGUGCAAUAUACAUGGAUAGCAAAAUGUCAUUGGAGACUGUUUGGAAAGUGUAUUAUCCAAUGAUGAGGCCUCUGAUAGAGAAAUUUUCUGCUAAUGUGCCACGUUCUCCUGUUCGUGAAUUGCUUGAAAUGGAGCCAGAGACAGCAAAGUUCAGCCCAGCGGAGAGAACGUACGAUGGCAAAGUGAGGGUGACUGUGGAGGUGGUGGGCAAGGGCAAAUUCAAAGGCGUUGGCCGCAGCUACAGGAUUGCAAAGUCAGCUGCUGCACGGAGAGCUUUGCGCAGCCUCAAAGCAAAUCAACCUCAGGUUUCAAAUAAUUGAGCUAAAUACUUUACAGUUAUUUUCAAAAAUAGCCUGCAUCACACCAGGAAGAAAUGUAAUAUGACAGAUUUUGAUUAUUUGAGGAGAGGAUGAGAAUCAAUUUGUAAAUAAGGGUUAUUUUGAUUUUUAAUUUUUGCGCAAACAAUCUUUCCCUCCCUCCUACAUUCUUUAAUCACGAGAGUGCUUUAUAAAGAAUAAAAAAAUGAGGAUUUUUUCUUUUUUGUCAGUUCUAGCUGUCUUUUUACAUUUAGCCCUGCUUUAUGUUUGUAGUUAAAGAAGCAAAUGUUGAUUAAUAGAAUAAAUUCCUCAGUCUGUGCACUAGUGCCAGUUUAACAGCAUUUUAUAAUUACUCUGGUCAUGGAGCAAUGGAGUGCUGUUUUUAUUUGAUAUUUGUUGCUUGAUUAAUUUUAUUCAUUCAAUGACAUCGAACAUUUUCCAUUGUGUUAUGUAUUUGUAUGUAAUGUGUGAAACAUUAAAGUAUAGUACUUUUUUAUGUGAAAGGCCCUACUUAAUUUCAAACAUGAAACAGAUGAGAGUUCAACAUUCCCAUUUAGUGUAUACAAAAAUCUGUAGUAUUCAAGGAUGCAUGUUUGUUUUAUGUAUUUUGUGACAACUGGAUAAAUUGUAACAAUAUUAUAGCUCAAAGAAAUUUACAUCUGUUUCAGUAAAUGUCUUUUGAUACAGAGAAUGAUUGCAUUUUAAGACCAUUAAACUAUCCAUUUACUAUAUUUAGUUUUGAUAGUACAAUAAUAUAUAUACAUCCUCUGCUUUGGAAGUAUGCUGCAAAUUUUGAUGAUGGAGAAAAGAAAAUAGCAUCUCUACACAUUUAUGAUACAGAAUGCUCUGAUUUUACUCAUCCUUUUUGUACCAAAGUUAGAGCUGUUGCAGUGCUACAAGGUUGCUAUAGGGUUUGCAUUUAUGAAGUUUUUUUUUUUUAUUAUUAUUAUUAUUAUUAUUAAAUUUCAUAUAAAAUUAGCCUCAAUUUUAAUUUAACUUUUCAACAGCUUUUUUUUAUUUUAUUUUUUAUCAUAGCUCACUAUGUUUUAUUUAUUUAAGUAGCAAUUGACUUUUUCACUUGAAUACCUCAGUUACCUGCAUGCAUUUUUGUUUGGUGCUAUUUUGUAUUAAGCUUGAAUUUCUCAUCUUUUUUGCACUGUAACUAUAAUACCUCUUUUGGAGUCUAUUGGAUUAACUCUCCUAACAAUGAGCUGUCCAGCUAAAGAAUUAGAUUCUUAACUUUAUGAUUUGUGACCUUUGACAUUUAGAGAGGCUCAAAAACAUUCCCUUCAUAUAUAUCUUUGAAUGGAAAAGUGUGUGGAAUGGAAAGGGUCGCUUAACACACAUUUAAGUAAACAGAUUGCACACAGGCUGAUAGCUGCAUGGCUAUUGUUAAUGAAAUGGUUUUAAUAAAAACAAGCCCCCUACCACACUAGUUGCUUGAAAUUUUAGAUAAUACACAACAUAUAACAGUCUGAAAUAUAUUGCUUCCAGAACCACAUCAUCAGUUUAUGAAAUAGACUUUUGGAAGGCAUUCAAAAUUUUGAUUAUACUUGUACUAGUUGGCCGAAAGGCUUAUGUUCUUGAUAGUGUAGUAUAGUCAAGAUGUUCUGGAGUGCUUCUACCUCAGAAGACAUUGCACUCUGUUCAUUGACUAUUACAAUGUCUUACUUAAAAGAUCCACAUUAUUUCUCAAUUUAUUAUUGGACAAGACUUCAAUUUGACAGAUGUAUAAUGGUAAUACUGAAUACUGUAGUCUUUUUACUGUGAUAUACAUAUACCGGUAUGCUACACUUUGCACUAAAUCAACAUUCCCAAGAAUAUAAUGCAUCUCUGACAUUUUGAAAGUAGGAAAUACAACAUAAAUCAGUGCCUUUGAUCUUGCAGAAAAUCUUACUUAUCCCUCUUUAUACCCUUUUCCCUCUCUUUUUAAAAGUGCACCUGUAAUAUGUAAGGAGCCAAUUUUUGUGUGCAUGAACUUGUGUUUUAGUCUGGGUGCCAUAUGUUUCAGUGAAUGUCAUUAUUGUACUUGUUGAAUAAAUAUGAUGCUAAGAAUAAAAUACAUUUAAAGCUUGCAAAGGAAACAUCAUGUUCUCCUUUCCUUUUUCAUGUUACUGGUGGGGACAUACACGGAGUAAAAAAUCUAUUUACAGUAACUUGUUCUUUCUUAAAAUAUAAUUUUCCCCUUGUUUUCCAACAAUAUUCAAUAUCUGCUGGUAUGUAUUGUUUGAAAUGGACUGUAAUAUGUGCAAUCUGGUUACAUUUCCAAAGUGAGUUGAGUGACCCUUGGUGCAUCAUACUAUAUUUGAUAGACUGAAAAGAAAAUCAGUGCUAAUGCAGUGUCCCUCACGAUAUAAAAUUGAUGAUGCUGAUAAUGUUAAUGGACAUAAAAUAUGUAAAAUACUGCUGGACAUGGGAAAACAAUUACUUAGAUCAUUUAGAAUGUGAAAUUGAUUUUUUUUUUUUUUUUUUUUGUGCCAGAAUUUUUUUCCCACAACAAUAAAGUUAUAUUAAGUUAGUCAACAACUUCAGUACUCUUGCAACUAUCAUCUAAAUAAACGUGAUCGUUUUAUUAUGCUGUGAACCUUGUGUUGGUGGAUAAUUGCUUUGUUGUUUUUGCUUUCUUUGUAUACAUAGCACAGAUAAGCAUUGCACUUAGGAACUAUGCUUUACCUCAUUUCAAAUAAAGGACAAGUUUUGUGUAGAGUAGGGAGAAAAGGUUUAACCCUUGCUACUGUUUAAAUUAUACAAAUGAUUGUUUUCUGGACACAGCAUGCCUGCAGGUGCAGAUGCAGUACAGGACAAUAUCUGAUUUUUAUGGGGCUAAAUAUAUUUAAUGUAUACAGCCUCUCCCCUGGUUACGAUGGUGUUGCGUUACGAUAAACCUAUUGUAAGGCGAAAAUGCACUUUAAUACUAUUACCAAUACCUAUUCUGACAAACAUCCUAGCCUAGCCUACUUUAAAACAUACUUGGAACACGUAAAUUAGCCUAUGGUUGGGCAAAAUCAUGAACAGUCUGUUUUAUAAUAAAAUGUUGAAUAUCUCAUGUAAUUUGUUAAAUGUACUGGAAGCUAAAAACGUUUACCCAUUAUAAAGAAAUAUCGCAACACGGACCAUCGUAACCUGGGGAGCGUCUCUAUCUGAUGUCCUACCUUAUUUUUUCAUAGAGAAUAUUUAAAUGUGAUGUUUUCCACAAAUUCAGUCAUGUGAUACGCAUGACUUGAAAUUCAUUUCACUGUAUUUUAAAAUGUGUGCAUACCACUAGAAUAAAAUUCAUGAAUAUCCCA